CCACUCAUGUUGAGCCUUUCUCAGGAGUGAGUCCUUUGCACUGAACACCAGCAAGAGGAGGAAACUGCAGCUGUUACUUACAACACUGCCUUUUGAUGACCUGCUUUGCAUUUGGACACUUGUAGACCAGAUUUUUUUUGGGUGCUUCAUUAGAGGGUUAGAGCCUCUGGAUUCAAACUUGAAGAGAGCGAGGCUCACCUGAACACGGUGGUGGAUAUCCUUCCUGCAACUGUUCAUUUCAACGUAACAAAAACUAGUUCUUAUCACCACUACAUUUGCCAGCUGAGCAGAUCACAAGCAGGCUCGAAUUUCUGCGCUGUGAAACUGAAUCAGAGGAACGGAGAGGCAAUACAGCAGAGGCAUUGUGUCCCUGCAAUUGAAACACUAACCAGCUGAAAAUAUCAAAGACCAUCCUGGACAAAGCUUUCCUCUGAAACCUGCAUUGUUAGUCCAAAAUCUGCUGUUCAAGUAGAAAGUGACCAAAAGCUGCACAACACUCAGAGAGGAGAGGGGAAGCAAAGGGGGACCAUACACAAGGCAAAGGAUUCUGUGCAGGUGCCGAGGUGCCAUGGUGCGUGGAGGCGGCGUGGCACAAGCUCCGUCCCGCUGGGGCUUCUGGGUGUUCGGCGCCCUGUCACUGGUGGCGCUGUGCAUGUCAGACCAGGCUAUCCGCUGUCCUGUGUGCACUGAGGAGAGGCUGGCCAGCUGCCGUCUGCCGGAAGGCUGCGAGGAGACGGUGCGGGAGCCCGGCUGCGGUUGCUGCCCUACCUGUGCCCUGCCUAAAGGGGCUCAUUGCGGCGUCUACUCGCCCCGAUGUGGCACGGGCCUCCGCUGCUUCCCGCCGCGUGGCGUGGAGAGACCACUGCACUCACUGAUGCAUGGCCAGGGGGUGUGCACGGAUGAGAGAGAGGUGGAGGAGAACUCAGCAAUGGACCGGCAGGAUGAGAUUGUCCCUGAGCACCCAAACAACAGCAAUAUCAGGUGCAGUCCACAGGACAAGCGCUGCAUACAGAAGACCCUGGCACGACACCCUCCUAAAUCCACGAACCAGAGAAGCAACACCGCCAGGGAGGAAACCAAGGCAGUGCUGGCUCCAUGUCGUGCUGAGCUACAGCGAGCGUUGGAUAGAUUGGCAUCAAACACCCGCACACAUGAUGAUCUCUUCACAAUCCCCAUACCCAACUGUGACAGGAACGGAGAUUUCCACGCUAAACAGUGUCAUCCAGCACGUGACGGCCAGCGGGGGAAGUGCUGGUGCGUGGAUCAGAAAACUGGCAUGAGGCUGCCAGGGCCGCUGGAGCUGCGAGGGGAUCUGGACUGCCACCAAUUAAUGACUGCUACUCUGAGGGAUUGAGGAGUGAGGUGUGGCAGUGGAGAUGCUGGACCAGCUGAACUAUACUGGUGCUUAUUAGUAGUACUACAUGAGGAAAGGACUUUGCUCUGAAGCCUCGCUUCACCUGAGGCCAACAGUACUUGAGCUUGUGCAACAAAAAGGAAACCAUUGAAUUGAGUUCUUUUGCAAUUUCGUUUCUGUGUGUGAGAGUCUGAGUUUUUGAGCACUUGUUGUUUAUUGUUUUUACUAUGUGAACUUAAGACUGGUUGUAGUUAUGAUCUUUCUAAGAGUGCAAAAUGUGUUGUUUUCUCUAGUCUAACUUGAGUAGAGUAAGAAAGUAAGAAAAUGCAUCUGCCCCACCAGAUAAUCAGACCUGAGAUACAACAGCAGCUGUAGCAUCUGUUUAUUUCUUUCUGCAGCACUAGUUGGAAUUACUGCAUCAUGACAAUGCAGAAAGAUUAUCAGUUAAAGGACUGUGUACUAAUUGUUCACACUUUGUUUGUAAUUGGUUGUAACGUGUGGCUGUUAUUCUACUGUUCUAUAUGUUGUUAAAAACCCACCCAUCUAGAAAGGAGGAUCAAACAAACCAUAAAAUGUGUUUAUAAUCACAAAGCCUAGUUCAGCAACAAUACAAGAGUAGCAAUAAAAGAUGGAAUUAACACAUCAGACAAAAUGAAAAAAGAAACAAUAGAAACUUUUUUUUUUUUUCGUUUUGAAGGUAACAAAGGAAUGCAUCAAUCAUCUGCCUUGAGUGGCUAAGCCAAGGCUUUUGACAAUAUCAAGACCAAAGUGAAAAGCGAGAUCAGUUUGAAUAACUGUAUCUCUGAAAGGCCAGAAAAGAUUUGCUUCAUCACACUGUGGCUAACUCUGCAUCUUCCUCUCUUUGCUCUCUCCAGCAUUGUGUUCCAGAAAGACUGGCAGAUCAACUGGGCUAGAAACUCUGUACACUGCUGAUAGGAUAAUCUUAUUUCUGCAGCUGGUGUUAAGACGCCAGUGUGACUCUCGUAUGAAUAUGCUUCAACAUAGAGGAUUUCUCUCCAAACAGACUGCUUGGCAGAACUUUGGUGGUGCUAUAUACUGAAUGUGCCAAAACACAAAACAAAAAAAUGGCUUCUGCACUUUUCGGGCAUUGUUUAAACAGAAGAUGGGGAUUUUCAGGAAGUGGAGCAAUUAGCAUCAGCAAGUGUGAGGAUCACCUGAAUGUGUGGCCAUUUGCACUAGCUAUUGACAAAGGCUUUCCGUGUGGUUUUGUUCAAUGUUAUUGUUCAAAUAUAAAAGGUAAUAUCUCACAUUGGAAAAACUGGCUGAAUGAUUAAUCAGCCAUGUUGUAAAAAGCAGGUGUGAUAUGUUUUAAAUAUUAAAGCAGGGUGUAAUAAGUUGUAUUGAUUAAGCUCCCAGGAGCAUAGGAGGGAUGGAUGAAGGUGUAGCAGUAAAGAUAGCAGAAUGAUAAUGUUGAAACCAGAAUCUCCCUGGUAAUCUGACAAAGCUAGUGUUCAGUUAUAAUGUUGUCUGUAGGGCAACACACUAAUAAUUAAAAGAGUAUAUUACCAGCGCAAGUGACAUAGCUACUUAUCAAAUAUUUUAGAUACCGUAGACGAGGCUGGUAUUAUUCUUGUAGCAAUUUGAUUGUACUGUUGUUGUGCAUUAUGAGUUCAGUGCAGAGUAGCAGGUUUAAGCUAACACUGGUGUUUGUUGCCACCAGAUAUGGACAGCCUGCUCAAUCUGUUCCAUGGGAAACUUGGGUUAUUAUUGACUCAUGCAAAUAUUAAUCUUGUGUGGAUAGUCCGUCACUAUUGGUUCAUUAGAGAAGAGUGCAGCAAGUCCAGAGAGAGAGCGCCAGGUAAUUCCUAAAGAGCAGCAUUAAUGUCAAUCUUAAAAAAAUAAUUGCUGUUAAGAUUACAGUGCAGUCAUGUCAAAUACGUUGAAAAGAAAAAAAAAAUCCUAAUUAGACAGAUAUUCACAGUUACUGUCAGACAAUGGAUUUUUGGUCAUUUCUAUGUCUUCACAGAAAUGAAAGUGCCAUGAAUACUAUCAUUAUUAUUGUUAUUAUUAUUAAGCAUUUUUUUUGCACAUUUUUCCAUAUUGAUUUGAUAUAACCUGUUUUUCAAGAAAUGCAUUAGUAUAUGCACACAUACACAGAGUCUGAAGCUUCUCACACUCAUUUAUCAUGCAGAGCAGUACAACAUAACCACUGGGUAUGGAUAAUAGUUGCUCUCCUCACAAAACCCUCCAGCUCAGCUAACUAAGGACAGCUGGUACGGGCAAACCCGUUCCCCAUAUCAGUCUAACAAAUUCAGUCCCUUUUCAUCAGACAGGUUUUUGUCUGAUUUAUGGUCAAUGCAACCUGAAGGUACUUCGGGGGGAAUUCUGCAGAAUUAAAACAAUCCGUCUACAAUUUAUACACAUGAAAACUUUAAGGGUGUGUUUAAAUGCACUUUGUCUUCUAUAAUUAAGCUACAAAAAUCACUUAGAAAAUUGGAAUAAAAUACCUAGAUAGAUUUACCUUACAUUUUCCAUAGAUUCACAUCUUACAUGGUUUAUUAUAAUGAGGUAUUAAAACAAAAGACUAAAUGUCACUUGUUUUCUUGUCUCUGUGUUGGCCAUGUUAUUCUGCCAGAGACAAUAUCAGACAGUAAUCCACACUUUUGGUCCCCAGUUCUAAUAACACUACAUACUGUGAGGUAUAAUCUAAUCACUGAAGCCAAUGGUAAAUCUGUAGGCUAACCUUUUCUGGAAACAGUGCACUGCUACAUGAUGACCACUUUUACUUGUCACUAAAGAAACAAUCCAAAGGAAGUUCACCAAAACACAGACAGAUAGAUAGACAGAUAGAACAGUGUAUGGGUGGAGAAUGCUACAGCUUGAUAAUGUAAAAAACCAAAUAUCCUAAAAAAUGUCCAAAGACUACAGGCAAAGUAUCUGGAGACGUCAAUACUCAUUCAGUGAAAUGCAUGCAAGCAAAAAAGUUCCAGCAAAAUCCUAUCUUAGCAUUCAUUAACUAAUAAUUAACAUAACAUUUUUCUGAUAAAUAAUCACAGUCUUUGAGAAAAGUGACAAAAGGUUUUGGCUUUGAUUUUAAAAAGGCCUUCUUACUCCAUAAACAGUUAAUUUAAGCUAUAGUACGUUGCUUGAUCUCUAACUUUGCUGUACUGAACUGUAAUUGCAUUUCUCGAAAAUAGACUGUUUCUGUUUGCCUUUGAUAUUAUCUAUUAAUGUGUAGAAGAUAUGAAGUAAUGUUUGCAUGCAUACAACAGACUGCGGUUGGAAACAGCUAAAGUUCUUGUGUAUCUUGUCCAGAACAGGGCUGUUGUAUUCAAACACUGAAGUGAUCAAAAAACUGAAAUAUAGAGUUUCAAUACUUAAAUGGUCACUUACAUUGUAAAUGUUUACCUGAUGAAAUGUACACAUU